GAGUAGAACUCGUGAAGUGAACAAAACUGUUAUUAGACAUUUAUGUCAUGCAAAGAAAGAUAUUCUGGGAUUUGGAAGUUAAUUGAAUGUUCUAACAUAGUGCAAAUUUAUUGUGUUUUGUUGUAUAUAAAACUAUUAAUAAAUAUAUUUAGGUGAAAUAUAAUAUAUUAAAUUUAAAUACAACAUGUCUACUCCUGCCCGAAGACGCCUUAUGAGAGACUUCAAAAGAUUACAGGAGGACCCACCUACUGGAGUCAGUGGUGCUCCUACUGACAAUAAUAUAAUGAUCUGGAAUGCAGUUAUAUUUGGACCCCAUGACACACCCUUUGAAGAUGGUACUUUUAAACUAACUAUUGAGUUUACAGAAGAAUAUCCAAAUAAACCACCUACAGUCAGAUUCGUUAGUCAUAUGUUUCACCCUAAUGUAUAUGCUGAUGGUGGUAUAUGUUUAGAUAUAUUACAAAAUAGAUGGAGUCCUACUUAUGACGUAUCUGCUAUUUUAACUUCAAUUCAAUCUUUACUGAGUGACCCAAAUCCCAAUUCACCGGCCAACUCUAUGGCCGCACAACUGUACAAAGAAAAUAGAAGAGAAUAUGAAAAAAGAGUGAAGGCAUGCGUGGAACAGAGCUUUAUUGAUUAGCAGUUGUCUCGUCGUCAUCGUCGAAUUAUUUAUUCGAACUGAUUCUCACUUUGCGCUUCAAAAUUACAGCUACUUCUUACAGAGGCCCUGCCUUCUCAGUAACUAAUAGUUUUAAUCAACUCGUUUUUACUUUUUUUUGAAUAAAGAUUGUUUUACAAAAACUGUAUAUACAAUGUUUCAGAAAGUUCUAUUCCGUUUUACUGCCUGAUAGAAGUUAAUCUGGUGUUGGCGAUAAUGUAUUAUAAAAUAGUAAACAUAAAAUAUUUUCAAUAUUUAAAAAAAACUUAAUUAUUUUAUAUAAUCUCCAAAUAUUCCCUUCAAUGCCCCACAAGGGCACAAAGAUAUUAAAGCUGUAUUAUAUAAAGUAAUAUGUAUUGUUGAUAUAGUAGACAUGUCACCAGGACUUUAAUCUGGAGUGUCAGGUGGAUGAGAUAGGAAUUCUACCACUUGAAUAAUAAGGCGUCAGUAAAAUAUUUGAUGCAGUUGAAUUCAUCAACUUUAUAUAUUUUUAUUUCUUUAAAAACUUUAUUACAUUAUUAUAUCUUGUAAAGAAAUUUGAGCACAUUUACAUCAUUCAAAUGUAAUGUGUCAUUGUUUAACACUCGGAUAUUCUACAAUGAGUUUAUUUUAAAAUAUCUUCUACCAUUUAGUCAGGAAUAGAACUUAUGAAACACACGAUAGGAGCUUUCCUUUACAAAAAUUUCGUUAAUACAUUAACAGAUAUUGAAGUACCAGUGCAAAAAAUGUGGAUUAGUAUAAAUUGAUUUUUCUUUCUAGUAGGUGCAUGUUUUAUGUUUAAUACAAUUGUUAAUAUUUAAUGUGUACAAUAAAAAAUAUUUUUUGUAGAUAAUUAAAAGUAAAAUACGCAGUUUUACGCUAGCAAAAAUUAUAACAGUAAUUUUGAAAACAAUUUUGUUUACCACAUUUACAAUAGAUCGCAAAUAUUUGAAUCAAGUGGCAAGCAGGGUACUGUCUUAAUUUUUUCAUAUCUGUACAUAAUGACGUUAUAAUUAUUUACAGUGUGAACCCCUAAUUGUGUUAAUAAAUAAUUUUACUGGACGCUAGUCAUUGCAAAAAAAGAAAAAUAUUCAGACAUUAUAAUCUGACACUACCAAAGGACAAGGUGUUGGUGGAACAAAGACAUGUAAAGGUUUCAAGCUAAUACUAGGAUAGUAUAAAGCUCACUCGAACGUUAGAAAACAUAUACAUAACUAUUUCGUACAUUUUUUUGACACCUUUAGAAAAAAGUCCAUAUGUUGAAAUUUCUAAUGAAAAUAAAUCGAAAACUAAAACAUAGAUUUUCAAAUUUUGUUUCAGUUAAAAGUGAUAAACUUAUCAUACAUUGAGCUUUUACAGACUAUGAUUCUGAUUCAAGCUUGAUGAAAAAUUGAAUUGUGUAUAUCUUUGGCAUUUAUGUAUUGGCUAAUUAAUUAAUUAUCAAUUAACUCAUACGUUACAUUUACGUCUAAUUUACUCAUUGAAAUCUAUAAGACACAAAAAAAACUUUGAGGCAGUCCGAAAGUACAGGAUACUUUACUUAAAGUUAGCAACACUUUUUUACGCAUAAUUACAUGUUAAAUACGGUCAGACACAAGCAAAAUAAUGUGGAAAUCCACAGAGAUACUCAACAGUUGAUUGUUAUUCUUCACGGUUUUAGUAAAAUAUUUAUUAAUAAUUAUGCAAAAUUGGUUAAAUUAACUUUUCUGCAAAAAUAUGCCAAAUACACUACUGAUAUGAAAAGAAUACCAAUACCGUUGGUAGGUUAGGUUUUUAGAAUCGAACUUAUAUUGAAAAACAGCUUACAAGGUGGCACCACCGCCACAUAAAUGUUGCGAGGUUUGUGACGUCCCAAAGUAACCCGUCGGUCAAUAAGUUCCGAGCCUAACUAGUAAAACAACAUUUUUUUGCAAAAAUUAUUCUUUAUUCAUCAAAAUAAUCUUAAGCGCCAAUACAAUCAUUCCAACGCUUUUCUAAUUUUUCGAAGCCGCCCUUGUAAAACGAUUUAUCUUUGCCUUCAAAAUAGGCUUCAGUUUUGGCGAUUACUUUCUCAUCGGAGAGAUAUCUUUGACACAGAAACAUUUUUUUAGAUCUGAAAAAGGUGGUAAUCGCUGGGAGCUAGAUCUGGACUACAUGGCGGUUGCGGAAGCAAUUCAAAGCCCAAUUUCCGCAUUUUUGUCAUCGUUUUCAUCGACUUGUUACAAUGUGCAUUGUUUUUGUGCAGCAAUGUUAUUUUCUUGAAGAAAUAAGGCAUUUUCUUUGGGAUUCGGUCUUCAAGCGCUCCAAGAAACCAAUUUAUUAUUCGCUGUUGAUUGUGUCUCCAUUUUUCAAAUAUUCAAUGAAAAUAAUUUUGUGCUGGCCCCAAAAUACAAAAACUAUAACAUUUUCGGCGGUUUGUUGCGUCUUUCCGGGUGCUGUCCACUCAGAUGACUGCCGAUUUGAUUCCGGAGUGAAGUGAUGGAUCCAUGUUUCAUCCAUUGUGACAUACCGAUUCAAAAACUCCGACUUAUUCUGAUUAAACGUGUCCAAAAGCGCUGAGAUUCAUCAAUUCGUUGUUGUUUUUGCUUUGGUGUGAGAAAACGCGACACACAUUUGGAAAACAGCUUUCUCAUAUCCAAAUGUUCGUAUAUAAUAAUGAAAACGCUACCCUUUGAUAACUCUAGAGUGUCAGUUAUCCCUUGCAACUUCUCUUUGUGGUUUCGAUAAUAAAAAUAAUAAUUUUCAGCGUUUUUUCGAUGUUUCGAUUCAGCAAACCAUCGUUUAAUGGUUGUAAUCAAUGGAGCAGAGUCAGAGUAACACUUUUUGAGCCAUUGCUUAGUUUGGACGUCCAUCAAAUAACAGUGAUAAAUCAACACACGGAAUUACUUUGAAUCCAUUGUUUAUAAAAAUCACAAAAGUAUCGUCACUUCAAACACUGUAACUCGGUCGAUAAUAAUCCUAAUGACAUGAACAUUUGACAGUAUAGAUUCAUUAGGGUCACCAUCUCAUGGUUAGGCCCGGGAUUUUUUGCCCGACGUAUUUCAGUACUCUAUCCCACCAUUACACUAUCAUUAUUACCUGACACAAGUUACCAGUUACUCUGGUAUCAUCGGUACGAAAAAGCAUGUACACAAAAAGAUUUUUUCUGAAAUUGAGACAAACUAAACUUUAGACACUUAAACUUUCAAAAAAAGGACAAAAUGAAAAGUAAGUCAUUACUGCAGAGACUAAACUCCAUAAUGGGUUUAAUUAACUUUUACAAGGGUCUGCUAUUACAAAAUAUGUGUAAAUGGAAUUAUCUGUUUGAUUAAACACACUUAAUUUAAUAUCUAUAAUAUUUAGCUACUGAAUAACAUAAAAGGUGUCAACACACGGUGAAACUUAAACGUUUCAUCAAUUUCUCAUUUUGGCUGGCCAAUAAUUAUUCAUAUGACCGUUGCAGAUUAGUGAUAUCACUGUUAAAAGUAUACAUUUCAAGAUAUAGCUUGCCCUUGCUUGUUUUGUUAAUCGUAGCUUUACAUGUAGUUAAGUUGUUUUGUGUACUGUUUUUGUAGAAUUUUAUCAUUCUAAUCUAAAAUGUUUUCAUUGUGGUAUGCGUUUUUUAUUUUUAAUUUUCAGUUCAGUUUACUUCAUCUAAUUUUUUUAUUUGUGCGUUAGACCACUCUCUUUUCCGUACUGCCUACCUUCGUUUUUCAGGUAGAUGGAUGUGUUAUAAUUAAAUAUACUUAAAUAAAUUAUUAUAACU